AUGGAGGCUCAAGCUAGUGGUAUAGGCCCAGAACCAUACAGCCCCCAGCUAAUGCUGUUUCCUCCGACCUGUGUUAAAGGUGACUUUUCCUGGAUGGGUCUCUUGGUCGCUAUUACGAGAAUUUCCCUGUGUCAGAGGGAGCAUAGCUCGCUGGCUCUCAUUCUACAGAUGCAGGCCAUGGGUGGUUCCAGGGGAUCUGGGGAGGAGAGGAUGGAUAGAGCCGUGAAAAGCACCGCACCUGCUGCAGAAAAACAACUCCAGUGCAUAUGGCUGCUGGCUCAGCUUGCCCCCUGCAUUGCCUGUAGAUGGACUGGCCACAGUCCCCUCUUCUGCCCCAGCAAGUAUGCUGGUGGGUGUCCUCCGGGCCCACUGUCCUUCUGUCCACUGGCUGCCCAGGUCUCCUUGCUGUGUCACAUCUGCCAGGGACAGAAAGAAGACCAGGGCACCCAGUCCACUGAGUUGAAGGAAGAGAAAUAUGCCAAGGGUGGAAAGGGAUGUGGUUUCUACCCCUGGAUUCAGAGUCUGGCAAACCAUGUCCACCUCUGCACUUUGCUGAUGGUAUUUCUCUCACAGGGAAGUCUCUUCUUCCUUUCUCUCCUCAUUAUAAGUAAAUUUUACCUUCUUUUGGAUUCAGCAUAAGCCCCAGCUUCUCCAGGCCACCUUCCCCAAUUAAUCCAGCCCACUGGGUAAAUUCACCUCCUGUGCUAAAUAAAGAGCAUGCCCAUUUGAACACU